AUGGAAGUCAAGAAUGGUCAUAUAAAGCGGCUCACGGAUACUGAAGUGAAUUCCAUAGUAUUGGAAAUUGUAAGUACGAAUGUAGCUACUACUUUUAUAUCAUGUCCGAAGCAAAAUCAAGUGUUGGGAAUAAAGCUGCCAUUUUUGGUGAUGAUCGUAAAAAACUUGAAGAGAUACUUCUCUUUUGAAAUAACUAUACUCGAUGAUAAAAAUAUGCGGAGAAGGUUUAGAAUAUCAAACUUUCAAUCAACUACUAAAAUUAAACCGUUCUGCACUACUAUGCCAAUUGGGUUAGCAGGAGGUUGGAACCAGGUGCAAUUCAAUUUAGCAGAUUUUACAAGAAGAGCAUAUGGUUCACAAUAUAUAGAAACUUUGCGAGUGCAGGUGCAUGCUAAUGCCCGAUUGAGGCGGAUUUACUUUUGUGAGCGUUUAUAUGAUGAAGAGGAGUUACCUAAUGAAUACAAACUAUUUUUGCCAAUGGAUCGCAAAAAGAAAGCGAAGACAGAAAAGAAAGAUGUUAUGGCAACGAUACCCCCGCCAUCAGCUGUUUCAGCACCUGCACCGAUUGAAGCUACACAAGAGCCUCCAAAGGCAAAACCGGAAUCAAUUGUAGUUAAUGACGUAUCGCCAGCUGAAGUAGCAACUCCACUACAAGAAAAGGAACCAUUACAAAUGGUCGGACAAACAGUUGAAGCUACAGAGGAGACACACCCUGAUUUUCCGGUAGGAGAAAACAUAGAAGAUCAAGCAGGAACUCCUGUUAUUGAGGCAGAGGUACCCUUUGAAUCAGAAGAUGUAGAUAAGGGACUAGAUGUAGCAGAACUCCAAGAAGAUGAAGCUCUUGAAGAAGAAUAA